CUUUGUUAGUGUUAGUGAAGCAGAUAAAGAAGAUUUUAUGUUUUGGUAAGAGUUUAUAUCUCGGAAGUUGAAAGCAAGACUCAAAUGUCACGGUUUGUCAGUUAUUUGGUAAGUGGAGACAAUCAGACAACGAAUUGGGGGCUUACCAAAAAAAAAAUUUGGAAAACGUCGCCUGAGAGAUUCGAACUCUCGCGGGGAAACCCCAUGUACUUAGCAGGCACACGCCUUAACCACUCGGCCAAAGCGACGGUUGUGUUUGACGUAACGAAAGUAAAGUACUAAACGCUUUAACAUUUCCCUCCAAGCCCAUUCCUUCUUAACAAACCUUCCACCUAACUUUUGAUUAUCUACCAAAUCAAGAGUCAAGGCAUAUUUAAGUUUUGAUCGUUGUCUUCUCGAUCUUUCUUUCUUUUUGUAAGGUCCAUUUAUAGACCACAUAGCUUUUGAACCACAUACUCUAAUUACCAUUAAAGCUAUGUAUAUAUUGAAGAACAAAGUUAUCAUUUGGAUAUAUAUGUGGCUUUUAUUACUUCGAUUCAAAUCAUCAAACUCUAUGGAUACAAGCAUAUGUUUUAAGAUAACUGAAUAUAGAUUGUCAUUUUAACCAGAUGUAAACACAGUAAUCUAUAAGCUAAAUCGUUAGAUAAUAUUACAAAAAAUACUACUCUACACUUAUGACUACACCGUACAAAGGUGUACGGUGUUAUUAAGCUCCUUAACCAAUUCGCAUUAGUCCAACAACUAUUCUUUUGGGGUUUGAACACGAGCCAUAUAGAGAUAUGAAAACCAAUAAAUUUAAAAAAGUUGAAUCUCGAACCACCGACAUGCACUUUGAAAUUUGCAUUGUAGAUUUGUAGUAAUUAACCACUAAAUCAAGGUGGUGUUUUAAUAGAAACUCUCCACUUUAAGUCAUUCCAUUAACGGUGUCGUUAUAAAAAAAGUGUUCUUUCAUAUAACAUAGUUUAAGACACAUCUCUGCAACUUCUUUCUCUCUCCAACCACCAAAAAAACACUUGUCACGCGCCACGAACUCCACAUUCCCACUUUCUCUGUGGACUGUUCUCUCCCUACAUGGCGUCGAACGCCGUCAAAUACAUGCCGAUUCACGGCGGAACAACACCAGCCGAAACCAGAAGCUUCUUCUCCGCCGUGAAACCAAGAAAAACUUCAACUUUGGUUUACGCAUUUGUAAUCACAUUCGUCUCGUUCACUCUAUUCCUUGCCUUUUUCAGCCCUUCUCCGAACUCAUCUUCUCCUUGGUCCUUCUCCACCACUACUCCUUCAUCAGACAACAACACUUCAGGAUCUCACUUCUCUUCCAUUUUCUCCUACAUUGGCAAAAACAGUACUUUACACGCACCGGCGCCGGAGAAUCUCACUCCGGUUGAUAAAGCCACUACCUUUGAAUCUCCCAACGUAAACAGAACCAACCCGUCACAACCUCUGGUUUCAGAUAAAUCUCCGACACUAACCAGCGAUGAUGUUCGAAACCAGACAGCAGCUCCUUCGCGGUCGGAAGCACCCGUGUCGGUUGAUGUGACGGCCAGCUCCAGCUCGUCAGUGAAACAAGAGGUGGAGAAAUGGAGUGAGUCUCUGAAGAACUGUGAGUUCUUCGACGGUGAAUGGAUCAAGGAUGAUACGUACCCGCUUUACGAACCAGGUUCGUGUAAGAUUGUCGAUGAACAGUUUAACUGUAUUUCAAACGGAAGACCCGACAAAGAUUUUCAGAAACUGAAGUGGAAACCUAAGACAUGUACUUUACCAAGGUUAAAUGGAGGUAUUAUGCUGGAGAUGCUUAGAGGAAGAAGGCUAGCGUUUGUGGGAGACUCUCUGAAUAGGAACAUGUGGGAGUCUCUGGUUUGUAUGCUAAAAGGAUCAGUGAAAGAUGAGAGUAAGGUGUAUGAAGCUAGAGGAAGAUAUCAUUUUCGUGGGGAGGCUGAGUACUCCUUCGUCUUCCAGGAUUUUAACUGCACGGUAGAGUUCUUUGUUUCACCGUUCUUGGUUCAAGAAUCAGAGAUUGUUGAUAAGAAAGGAACAAAGAAGGAGACUCUUCGGCUGGAUUUGAUUGGGAAGUCCUCAGAGCAAUACAAAGGAGCUGAUAUCAUUGUCUUUAAUACUGGACAUUGGUGGACUCAUGAGAAAACAUCCAAAGGGGAGGAUUACUAUCAAGAAGGAAGCAAUGUGUAUCACGAACUCGCUGUACUUGAAGCUUUCCGUAAAGCUUUGACUACAUGGGGUCGAUGGGUUGAGAAGAAUGUCAAUCCUGAGAAGUCCCUUGUUUUCUUCCGGGGCUUUUCCGCCACACAUUUCAGUGGUGGGCAAUGGAACUCAGGAGGAGCAUGCGAUAGUGAAACAGAACCAAUCAAGAACGAGACAUAUCUAACACCGUACCCGUCCAAAAUGAAGGUGCUAGAGAGUGUGUUAAAGGGUAUGAGAACUCCAGUCACGUAUCUAAACAUCACCAGAUUAACUGACUACAGAAAGGACGGGCACCCAUCAGUGUAUAGGAAACAAAUCUUAUCAGACGAAGAGAAGAAAACACCGUUGUUGUACCAAGACUGCAGCCACUGGUGCCUCCCAGGAGUUCCAGACUCUUGGAACGAGAUCCUCUACGCCGAGCUGCUCCUCAAACUCAACCAGCUUGGCUAAACACUACGGCACCUCCAACAUUUGUUUGAUCUCUCAAUACACUUUAUUUUUCUAUUUGUUUGUUAAAAAAAUGAUUAUACAAAAUGUCUAGAGUACAGGAAAAGAUAAGAUUUGUUGUAAAUUCUUUUGUCACUACGGUUACUAUAUUAAAGCUCUAAAAGAGAAGUUACAUUUUUAGUUA